AUGAUCGCCGUGGCCCUAACGAAGAAUUCUAUCACCCUCUCAACCACCCAGUCCACGGAAACCCUGGUGGUCCUCAACAACCUCCAACGCGAAAGCGCGCAGAAGCUACCGCUGCCGCCAAAUACACUGUCGCCGCUCAAGAACCCGCAGCUCUCCAGUAGGCUACCAGGUGUUAAAUGCCCAGGACAAUUGGCAGAAUUCUUAGAGAGCGAGGUACUUGUAUCCUCAUUGGAGUUUCUUGUAGGCUCUGUAUCCAUCAUCCGGUCGGCCAGCCAGAUGAUAGGGUAA